UUUAUUGAUUUAUUCUCAAUAAUGACGUCACUGGGGCUCGUUCGAUGCAUUUAAAAGACUGAAAUUACAGCGGAACGUAGUGGUUUGUUUGUCGAACGCUCGUCGAAAUUUUUCAACAUUGGUCUUAUUGAAAUUAGUUUUCUUCCGUUUAAACUUUGUUUCAAAAUUGUGCGUGUACUUGCUAUUCAAUAUGGAAUUUCAUAACAAGGUAACGCAACAAGCUGCAUGGGAUGAACUGGUUCAUAAAUUAUCAUCGUGGAAGAACCUAACAUUCGCUUACUUAAAAUCCAUCAAGGACGCAGAACCCUAUUCUGAUGAAUUGUUUAAUGCUAUGAAGAGUACAAACUAUGAGUGCCAUAUGGUUUUAAAUAAAAUAUUAAAAUGGAUUUUGACAAAUGCUUUACCAGAUAACGGAGAAAUUUUCGAACUAUUAUCUCAAGAAUUUAUAGAAAGCUUAUUUCCGUAUCAGAGGCUUUCGGAAUCACCAGACCGUCAAUUGGUGAUUACCCCAAAUGUAUGCCGUAAAGAAAGACCACAAUAUGGAUCUGCUUUUUUAUCAAUCGACCUACUACGAUCGGACAUUAAAAUCAAUUACGAAACUAAAACAAAUCAUCGGAUCCUAUUAUUUGAAAAUCCUAAUAGAGAUCUACCUAAUUAUAAUGUUCCAAUACAAUCAAAACAAUUAAACAGUUCUUCGUGUUAUUCAUCUACUUUAUUACUAUCUGAAGACACAGAUUUUGGUACUUUUACAUCUCAUAAUCUGACACAGUGUGCAGUAAGAAAUACGUUGCAAUAUAGUGAUCAAGAUCAACAGGAAUAUGAUAACAGAUGUACGCAUUCAUUUGUGACAAAACAUCAGCAACAAUUUACGUCUCCUACUAAUAAUUAUCAUGAAACACAAAAUAUAAAUAUAAAUGGAUCGCGUUCUAGAUCAUAUAAUGAACAAAGAUGUAAGUCUAAAAGUACAGAUUCAUUUGAAAAUCGUCAUAAAACACAUCAUGGUAAUAGAAAUAGAUCGCGUUCUAGAUCAUGUAAUGAACAAAGAUGUAAGUCUAAAAGUACGGAUUCACUUAAAAAAAAACAAGAGUCACGAGAUAGAACGAGAAAAAAAUCGCGAUCGAGAUCACCAAAGCGGAAAGAAAAUGUAAAUAAAUACAAACAAGAAUCACGAGAUAGAAUGAGAAGAAAAUCACGAUCGAGAUCACGAAAUAAAUCACCAAGGUGGAAAGAAAAUGUAUUUAAAAGAAAUUAUCAUUCUUCAUUCCCUUCAAAAUCAGAUUUUGAACUAAAAAGAAAAGAGCGUAUGAAAAGAUAUAGACAACAUAGAAAGAUAAAGGAAGAACGGAAUAAUGUAAAAAAAAAAAUGAUCGAGUCUGAUUCUGAAAUAGAGAAAAUACAAGGAAAUGAACAACAAGCACUAACACCAGUAGAACCACAUCAUCAAAAUCCAGACAAGGCUGCAAAACACCACCCACGAACAUCAGUAAUUGUAAUGCGACCACCCCCACCAUAUUUUAUGCCACCACGACUUCGUUUACGAUUUCCACCACGACCACUACUACGACUACCACCACCGAUAAUGUAUAGACCACGAUGGAUGCCAUAGAGUACAUAGACUAUGUAUUUGAAUCCGUUGAUAUACAACGAAGAAUCCAAGAGAAACCACACACUUACUAAACUUACUAAACUUAUUAACACCUUUAUAGUUAAACUUAUAAUUAGCUUAAUUAAACUAAAUUAAUUAUAAUUUUUAAUUUUGAUAAUAUGAUUUCUUGAUUACUUGUAUAACAUUUUAAAAUGAUAUAGAACAAUACUAAAAAAAUAAAACAAAAAAAUAAUAAUAAUAAUAACAUACUGCCAUUAUUAUUCAUGUUAUUAAGUAUGACGUCAUGUAUUUUGAAUUUUUAAAUAAUACGACUUACGAGUAUCUAAACAUAGUUCAUAAUGACUUUAUUUAUAUUAAUAUUUAUGAUACUCUUAAUUUCUGUAUGCAAAUUUUAAUACAUGGAGCAAUAGCAAAUAACACUGCUAUUUGCUAUACGUCUGUAAUGUAAAAUAUUUAAUAAUCUCAUUAAUUAUAUCAUAAUAAAUCAUAUUAUCAUUUAUUAGUUCCGUUUAAUGAGCAUUAAGGUACAAAUAUAUUAAGACAACUAUUUAUUAAUGAUAAACUUAAGUAAGUAUA